CUUCUUCUGUUUGUAGAAAGUGCAACAUGAGUUGCUGGUGGUCUUUGCCAACGAACUACUUGAAAAAGUGCAUUCUGGAUGUCGUGCAUUGCUCAGAGAUGAUAAGGUGUUGCCAUCUUUAGGAGAGAGGGAUGAUGAGUUCAUGCUGAGGGAGCUUGUUGAAAGAUGGUCAAAUCAUAAAAAAAUGGUCCAGCAGCUGUCGCAACGCUUCCUUGAUCCUGAUGAUGCAACAUGAGUUGCUGGUGGUGGUCUUUGCCAAUGACCUACUUGAAAAAAAGCAUUCUGGAUGUCGUGCAUUGCUCAGAGAUGAUAAGGUGGAUGAUCUUUCUAGGAUGUACAGGCUUUACCAUAAAAUACCCGAGGGAUUGGAACCGAUUGCUAAUACAUUCAAGCAGCAUGUCACUAAUGAAGGUACUGUCCUCGUUCGACAAGCUGAAGAUGCUGCAAGUAACCAGGCUACAACUUCUUCUGGUGCCCCAGAGCAGGUCCUCAUCAGGAAAAUAAUUGAAUUGCAUGAUAAGUACAUGGCCUACGUGACUGACUGUUUUUCAAACAACACACUAUUCCACAAGGCUUUGAAGGAGGCUUUUGAGGUCUUUUGCAACAAAACUGUUGCUGGUGGUUCCAGUGCUGAACUUCUGGCAACGUUCUGUGAUAAUAUCCUCAAGAAAGGGGGAAGUGAGGAAUUGGGUGAUGAAGCUAUUGAAGAAACACUUGAAAAGGUGGUUAAACUCCUUAUGUAUAUUAGUGAUAAAGAUCUUUUUGCUGAGUUCUACAGGAAAAAGCUUGCUCGGCGUCUUCUUUUUGACCGCAGUGCUAAUGAUGAUCAUGAAAGGAGUAUUCUGACUAAGCUGAAGCAGCAGUGUGGGGGACAGUUCACAUCGAAGAUGGAGGGCAUGGUCACUGAUUUGACAUUGGCAAGGGAAAAUCAGACUGGUUUUGAGGGCUAUCUAAGUUCUAAUCCAGCUGCACAUCCUGGAUUAGAUUUAACAGUGACUGUUCUUACAACUGGAUUCUGGCCAAGUUAUAAAUCCUUUGAUCUCAACCUCCCUGCAGAGAUGGUCAGAUGUGUGGAAGUUUUCAAGGGAUUUUAUGAAACAAAAACAAAACACAGAAAGCUUACGUGGAUUUACUCACUGGGAACUUGUCAUGUCAAUGGGAAGUUUGAGCAGAAGACUAUUGAACUGGUUGUCUCUACCUAUCAGGCUGCUGUCCUGCUGCUUUUCAAUUCUUCGGAUCGCUUGAGCUACUCAGAGAUCAUGGCUCAAUUGAAUUUGACCCAUGAUGACUUGGUCAGAUUGCUUCAUUCACUGUCUUGUGCCAAGUAUAAGAUCCUAACUAAAGAGCCAAACACUAGAACCAUUUCCCAAACUGACUCCUUUGAGUUCAACUCCAAGUUCACCGACAGGAUGAGGAGGAUUAAGAUUCCUCUCCCGCCAGUGGAUGAAAGGAAGAAAGUUGUUGAGGAUGUCGACAAAGACCGACGUUAUGCCAUUGAUGCUGCACUUGUGCGCAUAAUGAAGAGUAGGAAAGUUUUGGGUGACCAACAAUUAGUUUCAGAGUGUGUUGAGCAGCUGAGCCGCAUGUUCAAGCCUGACAUCAAAGCCAUAAAGAAGCGAAUGGAAGAUCUCAUCACUCGAGACUAUCUAGAAAGAGACAAGGAAAAUCCGAACUUGUUUAGGUACUUGGCCUAGUUGAUCUUGGUGGUUAUAAACUGGAGUAUGGGAUGGGCGAUUUCUGUCAAGUGGAAUUUUCGAGCUGGAAAGCAGCGGUGGGGAAAGAUAAUAGUGACACUCUUAAUUAAAAAUUGAUGUAUAUGUUGUGCAGUUGCAGUGCAUUUAGCGUCUCAGGAUCAGAUAAAUUUUUUGAUCAUUGGCUCAGAAGCCAAUUUUGCGCUGUUAACUUUCAUCACCAUUAUCUUUAUUAGGCAAAAAUUAAUAGGAAUAUCAAUU